AUGGAGCCCCCGCGCCGCACCAUACGAAGGCGCCACACCCUGGGGGAUCGGCCCAAGUCCCAGCCCUCCCUCAGCAAGCGCGACCAGCGAAACCUGGCGCCCGCAGCGAAAGACUGGCGCGAGGCCGCCUACUCGUUAGGUAUUCUCAAGACCGGUUACUUAGAAACCGCUUCUGAACAGUGGGAUCGCUCAGCAGCCGCCACGAGUAGUGUGAAGAAAACUAGGUUCGUGGUCCUGACGCACGCCCAGCUGAGCUGGUUCAAGCGCAACCCCGGGGAUACGGAGUACGGCGACGAGCGGGGCGCGAUACCCCUGGACCAGGUCACGUCCGUAAAACUCGACGGCGAGAAGAUCGAAGUGUUUGAUCAGGGUGGUUUGCGGCGCUGGUUUCUCUGUAGGGACGGCAAGGCCAAGGCUUGGAGGGACGCUAUCGACGUGGCACGGCAGGCGCGCUGCCGCAGUCCGGCCGCUUCGUCGCCGCGGGAAGCGCCGUCCGCCUUGAUCAUACGGACGAGGCAGUACGCGAAGUCUAUUGUCGAAACGCGCGCGGCGUACGGGGCCGCGACGCUAGUCGAGCCGGCGGCGCCCGGUAGCGAAGCGGCGUCCCAUCUCGCGGCGACGGCGUCGGAUCGAUGGCGUCGCGACGCCGGCGGAGAGAGAGAGACACGGUCGCGUCGUGCUGACACGCGGCGAUGUCAUACUGGUGGGGUACUGAUGCGCGUCGAUGGCGUACUGGUGUUGUACUGAUGCGGUGGAGUACGCCAUCGGUACCCGCCAGUACGCCAUCGACGCGCCUCAGCACGAUGAAGCUCGCGAGUGGGGACGGGUCGGAACAAGAGUACGCCAUCGACGCGACGCGAGAGGAUCGAAGCAAACAAAACACAACGCAGGCGAGGGCUUCGAGGUCCUGCGAAAGAAUGGAGACGUCAAGAUCGACGCCUCAUCGUUAGCCAAGGCCGCGGCCGUCGGGCGCUGCGUUCUAAAAGCGGACGACGGCGCGCGCGUCGUGCUGCGGGCCGUCGCCGCGGAGGCGCCGACAAGAGUCAAGCGGUCCUUCUUCUCCUCGCUCGUACUACUAGCCUCCGUGCUCUACACGAUUUAUGCGCUUGGACUCAAAGCUAUCUUCGCCAUACCACUCUACGCAGCUGCACUACAAAAGGCCUACGAACUACUACCGGAAAAAGUCGACGACGAUCGCGUCGCCUUCUCCCUGACGCUGGAACCGCCUCCGAAGGAAAAGAGCAGCGAGUCGGACCAUUCUCGUUCUCCGGAACGCGUCCCGAUCGCUCCUGAGACGAUCCCGAACAAGGUGGACCCGUCCGACACGGCCGCCGUAAGAGCCGCAGAAGCCGCGACAGGAGUCGGUAGGAAGUUCAUCGUCGGUUCGAAUGGCGACAUGCGAGAAGCGAGAAAGAAGUGGCGCGCGUCGCAGCGGUGGAGGGCCCACUACGGCACUGAUAAGAUACUGGAGGAACCUCAUCCCAAAUUCAAAGCCAUUAAAAAGGCAUAUCCCCACUUCUGGAUUGGUCAUGGUCUGUGUGGAAAUCAACCAGUGGGCCGGGUGCACCCGAUAAUUCUUCACUAAGUCAUUUCUCGGCGAUGACGCGGUCGUGCUGGCUCCGUCGAGCGGUGAGGAACCGGCAUCGCCACGCCAUCGAGCAGGCGACGCGUCGAUGGCGUGGAGGACGACGCGAUGAUUCAGCACGAACGCGCCGUAAAAAUUUGAUUUCCACACAGGUCAUGGUAGAGAUGGUCAAUUAGUAUACUUGGAGCGAAUUGGCCACGUCGACAUGAAUAUGUUAGCGAGGGAAAACGUGUCCCUCCAAGACAUGGUCCGGCAUUACGUCGCGGUCCACGAGUUCACGUGGGCCUACUUGGCGCCGGAGCGGGACGGUCCUAGGAGUUAUCAAUGCGUCUUGUUCGAUGUGGACGGCCUGCAGUUGGCGCAGUGUCGCGGCGUGCGCUACCAGUUCGUCAAAGCUUGUGCUAAAAUCGCUAGGGAGCACUACCCGGAACGGGUCUCGCGCGUCGUCAUCUGCAACGCGCCGCAGUGGUUCCAAGUGGUCUGGAAAGUGGUCAAGCCCUGGGUCGACCCGAAGACGGUCGCCAAGGUGAGCAUUGUAAGGGCCGGCGUCGAGACGUUGAGUGCGUUGCGCGAGAUCUGCGACGACUCCCAGAUCCCGGAAUCGUUCGGCGGUUCCAACAAGGACCCGGAACGGUCCGAGCCCGAACGUAGGUUGGCGGCCGCGAUGGCCGCGUGAAUUUAUUUCCUUCUUCCGAGGCGCGCGACUGUUCUAUCUUCGUAAGUACGCCUAUAUUCGUCUCAUGAUUUUUUUGCUUAGAGCUAGGUGAUAAUAUUUACGCGCCGCUUUAUGGAGGGUUCCUGCUCGCGCCAACGAUGGAGCCGCCGCCGCGACGACUGGCCACGGCCCACUCGGGAGCUUACUAUAGCCCUAGCAAAUUACAAAACGAUCGAA